UUUAUAGUUGGCGGCGGUCACACUGCGUUGAACAUUUCUCCGUUUUUGUUUACGUUUGCACCGCGAAAAGUCGUAAGUCGUGCAACCUGCACUCGAAAUCGUUCUGUGACAGCGGCGCGUUCAGCCGGCAAGCGCUUUUCACACCCGUUCGGUUCGCAAAUAGGCAAAUUGGCAAAUAUUCGUUGGCCGCCCGGUCGCAGCAACGGCACUUGGUCAUUAUCGGCAGCCGUUUUGAUCACCUGGCGCCCCGUCCCGCUCGCACCUGCACCCGCCAUUGGGCCGGAGAAGAGUCGCGGCAGAGCAGCAGCGGCAUUUGAACCGAAUAUUCUUUGAGCGCCCCGCUGCCUCUUUUGUUCUUGCUCUCGUUCGGUCUCUUCUUCUUUUUGGCCACUAGACACGUCAACAGAAUCGGAUAGCCGCAGCGGCAAAGACUUGGGGAAAGGAGUGAGGCGAGGCUUGAAGAGAAGCGCACACGAAGAGGCGAAGACAGAGAUCAAGAGAGGAUAUCCAGCGAACGAGAGAGAGAUGCGCGUGAGCAACAUCCGCAGCGGGCGGAUCUGCCGGAUGGCCUUGUGCCUGCUGGUCCUGCUACCGCUGCUCUACCUGUUGGCCAACUGGAGUGACCAUCACAAGCGCGUCCAGGAGGCGUACCACUCGCGCUUCGGUGGCCCCAAGUUUGCCCACCGCCGGAUGGAGGGGCGUCCGCGGGAGGUGCCCAAGCUGAUAGAUGGUCUUGGCAACUUUGAGCCCAAAGACCUCCAGCCACGCACCGGCCCCGGGGAGAAUGGCGAGGCCCACAAUCUGUCGCCGGAGAAGAAGCAUGUGGCCGAUGCCUCCGAGAUGGAGUACGGCAUGAACAUUGCCUGCUCCGACGAGAUCUCAAUGCAUCGCUCGGUGCGGGACACGCGGCUGGAAGAGUGCCGCCACUGGGAUUAUCCUUUCGAUUUGCCGCGCACCAGCGUGAUCAUUGUCUUCCACAACGAAGGCUUCUCUGUGCUCAUGCGCACGGUUCACUCGGUGAUCGAUCGCUCGCCCUCGCACAUGCUGCACGAGAUCAUACUCGUGGAUGACUUCUCCGAUAAGGAGAACCUGAGCACCAAGCUGGAUGAGUAUGUGAAGAAGUUCAAGGGCCUGGUCAAGGUCAUUAGGAAUAAGGAGCGCGAAGGCCUCAUACGGACGCGUUCCAGGGGAGCCAUGGAGGCAACAGGUGAGGUGAUCGUGUUCCUGGACGCCCACUGCGAGGUGAACAUCAACUGGCUGCCACCGCUGCUGGCGCCCAUUUACCGGGAUCGCACUGUUAUGACCGUGCCCAUUAUCGAUGGCAUCGAUCACAAAAACUUCGAGUACAGGCCUGUCUACGGGACGGAUAAUCAUUUCCGCGGCAUCUUCGAGUGGGGCAUGCUGUACAAGGAGAACGAGGUGCCACGACGAGAGCAGCGUCGCCGUCCCCACAACUCGGAGCCCUAUCGCAGUCCCACACAUGCCGGCGGCUUGUUUGCCAUCAAUCGGGAAUACUUCUUGGAGCUGGGCGCCUAUGAUCCUGGCCUGCUGGUCUGGGGCGGUGAGAAUUUCGAGCUGAGCUUCAAGAUCUGGCAGUGCGGCGGCAGCAUCGAGUGGGUGCCCUGCUCCCGAGUGGGCCAUGUUUAUCGCGGCUUUAUGCCCUAUAAUUUCGGCAAGCUGGCCAGCAAGAAGAAGGGUCCGCUGAUCACGAUCAACUACAAGCGCGUCAUCGAGACCUGGUUCGACGACACGCACAAAGAGUACUUUUAUACGCGCGAGCCGCUGGCCCGCUACCUGGACAUGGGCGACAUCAGCGAGCAGCUGGCCCUGAAGAAGCGCCUGAACUGCAAGAGCUUCCAGUGGUUCAUGGAUCACAUUGCCUACGAUGUAUAUGACAAGUUCCCGGGUCUGCCGGCCAAUCUGCAUUGGGGCGAGCUGCGCUCGGUGGCCUCCGAGGGUUGCCUGGACUCCAUGGGCCACCAGCCGCCGGCCAUUAUGGGUCUCACCUACUGCCAUGGCGGCGGCAACAAUCAACUGGUCAGGCUCAAUGCCGCUGGACAGCUGGGCGUGGGCGAGCGCUGUGUGGAGGCCGAUCGUCAGGGCAUCAAGUUGGCUGUCUGCCGACUGGGCACUGUCGACGGUCCUUGGCAGUACAACGAGCAUACGAAGCAUCUCAUGCAUCGUGUCCACAAGAAGUGUAUGGCUCUGCAUCCGGCCACCCAGCAACUGGCCCUGGGUCAUUGCGAUGUCAAUGAUAGCUACCAGCAGUGGUGGUUCAAGGAGAUACGCCCGCGCUGGUAAGUCCAGCAAAAAGGUCGGAAAGGCGGAGGAGGAAGAGGAGAUGGAGCCGUAAGAUGAGGAGCAGCAGGAGGAUCUAAGGAGAUGGAUCACAAGGGUUUCAGCCGGGGCAAGGGGCGAUAUUUUAGACAAAAGCAAUUUAGUGAAAAUGAGAAAAGGAAUUGUUAUUGGAUUUGUAACGCAAACAAGUAUAAAAACAAAACAAAAAAACUAAAAAAUCACAAGAAACCGUACAGAUGUAAGCAUUUUUGUAACGCACUGUACACAGGCACUGCGGCGGACACAUGGAAAUCCCUUAGCUAGAGUUAGGGUUCGAGUCACAGGGCAUAAAAUGCCAAGGAAAAAAAAUCGGCAAAUGAUAUUAUUAAAGCUUAGUAGAAAUAAUAACAAUAAGAUGAGUAACGCCCAUACGUAGAUCAAGCACGAAAAAUUCAAGUCACAUUGCGUUACUCAUCUUGUUAUUAUAAGGUCUUUGGUAGGAGUUUCGAUGUUGUACAAUAAAUUUGCAAAGACUUAAAAUCUUAAAUAAUAUGAACAAAUUGAAAAUGCGAUCAAAAUUAUUAUAUAUCUUGAUAAAACCUCAAUACAUCACAUUCCCAGAUAUAUUGCUAAAUAUUUCAAUCGAAGAAUCAUAGAAGAAUCUCAUAUACCCAAAGUGUUCAGUUAAUCAAAAUGAAGAAAGACUGGAGUCCAGGCUCUGAGGGGAUUUCCAUGCCGCCCGCCCUUGUUAUGUUCGUGCGAUUGAGUGAGACAGUGCGAUAGUUAUAGAAUGAACGCGAAUGAGAGGGAGACAGAGUCAAUCGUCUGCGAAUCCGAGUGCAAUAGAUGAUGAUGAUAUUAAGAACGUGUUUUGCUUUAUGAUUGCCAACACAAAAUCAAUGUACUAACCUAGCCUGUAUUCCUGUAAACCCAAAACUAACCUUAGCUAAGUUUCAAUGCUGCCACAUUCCAAUCCAAUUGGAUCCGGGCGAGUCUCUGAAGCGGAGCGGAGCUCUACGGGUCUUGCAUUGGAUCCAAAUUUUAAUUUUUUGUUCUUUUGUUUUAAUCUUCUAAAUUUCCGUAACGUUCUCUGUUUACCAGGUAAUACAUAAACUAAGUAUCGUUGCUAGUGCGCUGCGGGAGUUGGAGUUUUGAAAACAAUAUUUUUUACAUUCAAAUGUAACUCUAGAGUUAUCGAUAAGUCUGAAUAAUAGCAUAGAAAUAAAUACGUUUUCUAAACACUUUAUCUUGUAAA